AUGAGGCUUCUCGCAGUGCCGUACCGAAAUGUGUAUACGGUCGGUCAACAACACUCGCAACCUGCCGCGGGUUUUGUUGCUUUUGGCGACUCUUACAGUGCUGGCAUCGGCACCGGUGUUGACGGGGUCGAAGACGACUGUCGACAUGGAACCCACGCACACCCAGUCUUGAUCUUUACCGAUCUCACCGAAAGCCAGGGAGCGAGCGCGGCAACCUUCCAGUUCCUAUCUUGCACCGGUUCGACUACCGGUAAUGUCCUCUCUGGCGGUGAGCGCAGCCAAAUUGAUAGCUUCAACACAUCCAUCAAUGCCGACUUCGCUAUUCUCUCUAUCGGGGGCAAUGACCUUGGUUUCUUCCGGGUUAUGAACGCCUGCAUCUUCCGGUUUUACAGCUUCUACUCCGGAACGUGUGAGGCGGCGCUGCAGUAUGUGGACGAUCAGAUCGAGAGUUCCGAGUUCGAGAACCGCCUAGAGAUGGUUAUCAUGGAGAUACUGGACAAGGUCCAGUGGGAAAAGCGUCCGUGGUUUGUCAUUACUGUCACUGGCUAUGCUCGAUUCUUCAGCGUUGAGACCGACGAAUGCGACAACUGCACCCUGGGUGUCUGGUGGCAAGGGCCGAAGCUCAAGAGGGAUGUCCGCCAGCGGAUGAACGAUAUGGUGGUGGCAGUCAAUGGCAAGCUGAAGCGAUCCAUCGACGCUGUCAACUCGAAGUUCACGACUCCAAAGGUUACAUUCGUCGAUUAUGACGCCAAGUUCGAUGGGCAUCGUUUCUGCGAACCCAACGUAACGGAGCCUGCGUACAACAGGACCGAGACUUGGUUCUUCCUCGUCGGGGGCAAGGACAACAACCCGAACGUGACGGACCCAACGCCAGCCCCCAAUAGCACGAGCAUCAAUAUCGACGCUGGGCACAGCCGUAUCCUGUCGCCCCUGUCGCCGCUCAUCAAUCCGGAUACCUGCCUGGAACCGGCUGAGAGGUCUGGAGACUGGGGCUUGCUGGCCUUGUGUUACAUGGCCAGGGCCAAGCGAGGCGAUCCGUCGCUGCGUCUUGCUCGUGAGGAUGUCAUGAUUCAGGAUUCCAUGUGGUAUGUGCCAACAUACUACGGGAAAACUUUCCACCCGAGGAGUCUGGGCCAUGAGGCCAUCAGAGACGAAGUUUACAAGGUCUGGUCCGGCUUAGAUAUAGCUUCCUAA